UGUGACAAAGGGGAAGCUCAGUAGAGUCCUUAAUCACUUUCCAGACUGGAAAGGGAGACUACAGUGUGGGUGGAAAAAAACACCCAACCAACUCAUUAUUAAUGGUCUGAUUUGAAGCAACAGUCCAUUAAUUUAAUAUGCAGAAAGUAAUCGGUUUCUGCUGAACUGUUUCUUCUCGGGUGAUUCAUUUUAACUGUGGUUGUGUAAAUUUUUCUCAGAUGUAUUUUCAGACCAAUCAUCCUCAAGGCCCUCAGAGUUGACAAGGAGAAAACAAAGAAGGCAAAGAGAAGACACAGCCAGAAGACUGAAACUUUGUUAAACUUUUGACCUGAAAGUUUGGCAAGUACUCUUUCCGAACUAGAUGAUCAUGGAUUUAUUUUUUUGUCCCUAGGUUUCCAAGACUUAAGCGAUUUAUCAGUGUAAAUGUCUUCAUUAAAGUUCCAGCACUAGUGCUUCAUUGCCGGAAAUAAUACAUGAAGGCGAGAGAUGGACUGUUUAUCCUUUUCCUCUGAGAAGCAGCGCUGUUCAGAAUUAUUUGAUUCUACCGAUGUGGAGGAGAUGGAAGAGGAAAGGAUAGGGAGAUGUACAGAAGAUUUAGAGAUUAAUCCAUUUGACAGAUUGCCAUUCUCAUCCCGUUAUUACAAGCUUCUCAAAGAAAGAGAGGAACUUCCAAUCUGGCAAAUGAAAUAUGCUUUCAUGGAAAGUCUGCAUCAUCAUCAGAUUGUGAUUGUUUCAGGAGAUGCCAAAACAGGCAAGAGCUCCCAGAUUGAUGCAUGUUGUCUCUCUUUCUUAAUAUUCAAGGUACCUCAGUGGUGUGCUGAAUAUUCUCUUGCUGCCCAUUUUCAACAUGGAGCAAUUAUUUGUACACAAACGUGUAAACAUGCUACAGUGUGGCUGGCUCUGAGAGUUGCUGACGAGAUGGAUGUCAAUAUUGGUCAUGAAGUCGGUUAUGUGGUUCCCUGUGAUAACUGCUGUAACAAUGACACAAUCCUAAGAUUCAGUACAGAUGAGAUGCUUCAAAGAGAAAUGAUGUCUAUUCCCCUUCUGAACAGUUAUGGAAUCAUCAUCGUAGACUGCAUACUUGAAAGGACUGUUCCAACAGAUAUAUUGCUUGGACUCCUUAAAGAUGUCUUGAUGUUAAGGCCAGAACUGAAGCUAGUUGUAAUUACAUCUCCUCAGUUGUCCAGCAAGCUGCAGAAAUAUUAUGGCAGUGUGCCUCUCCUAAGAGUGGAAAGCAAAUACCAAACAGAAGUUGCAUAUACCUCUAGCAUUCAAAAAGACUACUUUCUAUAUGCAUUAAGGCUGCUUUUUGAAAUUCAUAACUCUAAAAGAAGAGGUGAUGUUAUGAUCUUUCUAACCUGUGAACAAGAAAUAAGAAAUGCCUUCUGGAUUAUUCAGCAAGAAGGGCAUAAUUUAAAUCCUGAUCUUGGCGAAUUGGUCCCUAUUCCUUUGAUUCCCAAUGAACAAGAGAGAAUCUUCAAGUCAAAUGAAGAGAAGCCGUACAAAAAUUACAGAAGGAAAGUGCUGCUAACCACAAAUUUGGGGGAAUCUUUGGUUUGGUCCAAAACAGUGUCUUUUGUUAUAGAUACUGGAAUACAGAGAAGAAAGGUAUACAAUCCCAGAAUCAGAGCAAACACUGUGGUGAUACAGCCCAUUAGCAAAAGCCAAGCCAAGAUGCGCCAGCAGAUUCUGGGCAUAUCUUCAUCAGGAAAAUGUUUUUGCCUUUAUCCUGAAGAAUUUAUGGAGAAAGAAAUGAAGCCACUUCCACCAGUCAGAAUACAGGACUCCAACCUAAUCAGCAUGGUUCUUUUUUUGAAAAGGAUGGAUAUCGCAGGGCUAGGCCACUGUGACUUCAUAGAUAGACCAGAUCCUGAGAGUCUCAUGCAAGCUUUGGAAGAUCUAGAUUAUUUGGCUGCCCUGGACAAUGAUGGAAACCUUUCAGAAUUUGGAAUAAUAAUGUCAGAGUUUCCUGUGGAUCCACAGCUGUCCAAGUCUAUUUUAGCUUCAUGUGAAUUUAAUUGUGUAGAGGAAAUGCUCACUAUUGCUGCCAUGGUAACAGCUCCUGGUUGCUUUGUAAACCCACCGCAGGAAUCAGAGGAGAUUGCAGUAACUUGCCGGCAAAAAUUUUUGCAUCCUGCAGGAGAUCAUUUUACUCUUAUCAAUGUAUACAAGGCUUACAAGGAAGCUAGUACAAAUGCUAUAAGCCAAUACUAUGAUAUUGAAAAGUGGUGUCAAGAUUAUUUUCUGAACUGCUCUGCACUAAGGAUAGCGGAAGCAAUCAGAACUGAAUUGGUUGACAUUAUGAGACGAAUCGAAUUGCCAAUUUCAGCACCUAAUUUUGGAUUAAACGAAAAUGUGCUGGGGAUAAAGAAAGCUCUUUUAUCUGGUUACUUUAUGCAAAUUGCUCGUGAUGUGGAUGGCUCUGGAAACUAUCUGAUGUUGGCACACAAGCAAGUAGCUCAGCUUCACCCUUUGUCAAUCUAUUACAACAGCAGCAGGAUCCCAGAAUGGGUUGUAUUCCAUGAAUUUAGUAUCACUGAAAACAAUUCUAUAAAAAUCAUCUCUGCCAUAUCACCUGAUCUAUUUAUGAAGCUGGUGCCUCAGUACUAUUUUAGCAACCUGCCUCCUAGUGAAAGCAAGGCUAUUCUGCAAGAAGUAAUCAAUCAUUUAACACCCAUUUCAGCAAUAGAUGACGGACAAAAAAACAUCAUUGAAGACAGAGAAUUUGAAAAAUAUCCUGAAACGCCUGCUGAACAACGAUGUUUUAUCCAGUAAGCCUCCUAGAUAAGACUAAGUUGAAGCAUAUAUAACUGUGUACUAUAUACACUCCAGCUAUAAGAAAUUUACAAGCAUUUUACAGUUAAACAAAGUGGAGUAACACUUUAUCAUCAUCUUUGAUAAUAGACAGAAAAUAUCAUUGGUGAAAAGGUAUCCAUCGAUUCUUUGAUGACUUUAUUAUGGCAUGUAAGAAUGUUGUAGGUAGCUAACUGCAUGGCUGACAGGUUUGACUAUGAAGGUGUACUCAAAGAACACUGAACUGAUAUCAUGGAAACAAAUCUAGAAAAUAUUUGAAAGUCAAAGAACUCUUGGAUGCCUUCACAAAGCCACUGCCAGCAGAUAGAUAGUGGUUCAGACAGAAAGAUAUUCUUUGAGUUUAUCCAUGAUGCUGUUCAUUCUGUCAGCAGGGAUUACCAUCACAGUUCUCAAAGGUUUCAUGGGCUUGUCUUCAAAAGACCAUCUGCCUCCCAAACACAUGUCACUCUCCUCUUGUACGGAGUAACUGAACUUCAGAAGUGAUUUCUAAGCAAUAAGAAAAGCAAAACAUGGUUAAAAGCAUUCCGUACUGCAUGCUACAAUAUACAGCUUGUUAUAUUUAUAGAGUAACAAAUAAAGCCAUUUUAAUGAAA